UAGUUGAUGAUAAAGCUAAAGGACCAGCAAUUAAAGAAAAAUCAUCAAAACCAUCAAAACCUGCAUCCGGUACAAUGACUUCAGUUUUUUCUGAUGGGAAAAAAACUACUGAAGACAGGAAAAAUGAAGAAAUUAUCCAAAAAAAUGUUGAAACUAUAAAAAAGGAAGAUCAAGAACCUGAAACUAAACCACGAGAAAAGACGU